AUGUCCUACCAACAACCCCCUUACGAGCAGCAGCCUUAUGGCUAUCCCCCCCAGGGCCCUCCUAUGCAAUACCAACAGCCCCCACCCCAACAAAUCAUCGUCCAAGAAGAGAAGAAAGACGACAAGGGCUGCUGUAUGACCUGUCUGGCGACGCUAUUCUGCUGCUGGCUCUGCGGCGAGACUUGCGACUGUUGUUGCGAUUGCCUGACUUGUUGCUGCUGA